UGCACGUGGCUCCUCUUUUAUUUGUUGAUACUUUUUUAAUAGUUUUUUGUUAAAAAUUAAUUUAUACUUUUGCUUAGUUGCUUAAAUUUUGUAGGAGUCACUGGCCCAAAAAGCUUUUAGCAAGUCAACGCCAGUUAGGCAUCGGCAAUACAUCGACUGGAACCGUGAUGGGAAAGUGGACUUUGCUGUCGAACGACAACGAACAGGACAAGUACACGAGGGCCAAAGUCCUGUUGCAGAAUUUUUACACUACAAGAAGUCAAAUCUUCAAGAAAUCCCUCUAGUUUCUUCGCUAAACGAUCUGCCAAUGAUUGAGGAGGGGGCCACUGAAUGUACAUAUCCUACGGUCCAACCAAUUAGUACUCAAGAAUUUAAAAUGAAUCUGCUUAAAUUCGAAAACAGCGAUGCCAUUUCUCCCAGUCUUUUAUUCCGCUUCAUCUAUCUUCGGCAGUUUCAGACUUGCCCAUAUACUUCUACGCUUUUUAACGGUGUAGUCUCGAAAUUCCAUUCUGACUCUUAA